AUGAAUUCCAUUCGCUCACGGGCCUUGCGGACCUCGAGGACCUCGAGGCCCCAGACUUGGUUAUCGCCUCUCCCCUCGCAAAUUCGUCAUUUCCAUCCCUCCAAGCCCACCCGCAGUAUCAACGAUAUUCUAGACUGCUCCGCAAGCUUCCUCCACGGCGUCCACUCCAUCUCCCACCUUCCCUGGGUCGCAUCAAUUCCUCUCACAGCACUAAUUGUACGAACAUGUAUUGGUUUACCACUUCAUGUCUAUACAAAAAUCAAUGCUCGCCGAGAAGCCGAAAUCGCACCGCUAGCAAACAGCUGGGCGAAUAUUCACGCGGAGCAUGGGAAAAGAGAUGGCCUCACAAAAUCCCAGAUCGCAAAGGUGAUCAAGAUGAGACACAAUGAUUUACGACAGAAAUGGGGUGUUUCAUCAUUCUCUCGCUUUGCCAGUCUGAUUCAGAUCCCGGUCUGGAUUAGCUUGAUGGAAAGUGUGCGCGGGAUGUGUGGGAACACAAAUGGAUUAGUCCCAUGGCUGCUCUCAUUAACGUCCUCUGGAACUGAUGGCGCUGAGCAUUUGCAUUUGGCUGUCGAACCGACAUUCGCAACCGAGGGUGCCUUGUGGUUUCCGGACCUGUUGGCAGGUGACUCGACGGGCGCCUUGCCUGUGCUUCUCUCGGCUUCGAUAAUACUCAAUAUCCGCAACGGAUGGCAUACGACAUCACGCAAAGAAUUAGCAGAUAUGCCAAAAUUACAGAUGCUCCAAAAUACUUUCUGGAGCGGGUUGCGCAUAUUCAUGCAGGUCUUGGCGGUGAAUGUCGGAGCUUCAACAUUUUUCUAUGAAAUGCCGACCGCGCUCCUGAUCUAUUGGAUCUCCAGUACCAAUAUUGCAACUCUACAGACCUGGUUCAUGAACAAGUAUAUGUUCGCCAAGCCACCUCUACCAACUUGGUCUCCGAGAUACACGCAUUACAAAUACCCUCAGUCGUCUGACCCUUAUAGGGAGAAAUUGCUGUGA